AUGGCGGGAGCAAACUAUAUGGGCGGGAAGAGAAAUGCUGCAAAAGCUCGCUCUAAAGACCGGAAUGGCCGAGCACAGAAAGGUCACUUCACGCGGCAACGCUUGGAGAUAUUCCGUAAAAAAUCAGGGAAGCCUAAUCCCAAUCUCCCAUCGGACAAGAGCAGUGCCAUCGACAUCAACUUAGCCCAUGCUCAGAAAGACAUUCUUUCGAGCCGCAUGAAACAUAUGACUCAAGCGCAUACAGUGGGGUCAAACUUCCUUCAGUCAUCAUCUGUUCCAAACCCCCGAACCUUGUCUUCUGUGACUGCUGACAGCAAUCAUAAUAACCAUACGCCGAGAGUCCUGCAGGCCUUGGAUACCAUAGACUUCAUUCAUGCGAAUACUAGAAGUCGAGUUCUGAUGGCCAGCAACCUCGCAGGUCUUCCUAUGCGGACUAGUAUGAAUCAUUCAAACACACUGCAGAAGCCGUCUUCUUGGUCUCGUGAGGCCACGAAAGUACUUUGCGAUACAAAGACCACUCAAAUACGAGGGAAAGCCGGUUUCAGGUAUUUGAAAAGUGGACUUUCUGUUGCAAAGCGCUAA